AUGACUUCAAAUAUUGGCUUAAGUGAUACUGCAUCUGUUACAAUUCAAGGCACAUCGAGGCAGACAGUCACAAGGUUUGAUGAGCCAAACUACCUUAUACAUAAUCAUAGCAAUUUAGAGCCUAAUGGCUCAGCUCCAAUUCAAAACAGGGAACGUGUAGAGUCACAGAAUGGAAGCACAAGCAGUUCUGAUUGCACCAGCUGUUCUAGUUCCAGUUCAAGCCCUAGCUCCAGCACCAGUGAUGAAGUUUCAGAAAUUAGCUCAGAGUUGUUUGAAAGCAGUAAUGAAGGAACUGCAUCACCAGGGUCAUCGUCAGAGGCCAGGCAAGAGCAUCAACAUAGGGCACUAUUUUUCUUUGAUGAAGGUGACUCCUGGGCCUUUCUUAACCUGGCUCACUUUUUCCACCAAGAUGAAGAUAAUCAGGAUCAACCUGCAGGACUCACCCAAGUGCAGCUUGACAGUUUGGAAAUGAGAAGUUUUGCUAAGUGUGAUGAAUUAAAUUCUUGCAGAGUCUGUAUCACAGAAUACACAGAAGGCAACAAGCUUCGCAUACUACCUUGCUCCCACGAGUUUCAUGUCCAGUGUGUUGAUCGUUGGCUGACCAAACAUCCUACCUGUCCCAUUUGUCGCAAGACUGUCACUGAUUCUGGAGACUGA